AUGGGUGCGGCAGCUUCACAAAACACGCGGAAACUUAGCAAAUCGGAAGACCCCUUGGCUUUUGUCGACAAGACGAUUAUGCGCAAGGACCAGGGCUAUAUUCUCGCGUUCAGACUGGCGCAGAUCUUUGUCUGGGCCUUCGUCACAUACUCCUUCAUCUCUGAGCACCAUGUUUCCUCGUUCCUGAUAAUGUUUUUGUUGCUGACAAUGAUUGCAGAGGUCUUCCAAAGAGUAUCCUACCACGAUGUGCGGAAACGAGGAAUGUUUGGAGCGCUAGUGACUACUUUAGUGCUAGUCGAUCAGCUAUUUUUGAUCUUGCCUUUCCCCGAGAAGCUCUCCUCGUUUUUCUUGUUCUGCGUGUGCGUCUUUCAACUCAUCCGCUGCUUCCGGAGAUCGAGGAAGGCGCUGAAGGGUCGAAUUCUG